AACGCCGAAUCUGCCCAAUGAGACCACCUAUUUCUCUGUCCGCGCCGUCCCACCUGCCCCAAGAUCGGAAAUGGAGAUGAGCCAACACCACCACCCAGAUUCGCUGUUGAAUGUUAUGAAUGCCGAUCGGCGAAGGAAGCCCUACUCCAAUCCCUCAUCUUCCACGCACUCAAGUAAAGCCUCACUAAUCAUGGCCUUCAUCUCUUGCCUGGCCUGGCUGUAUGUUGCUGGCCGAUUGUGGCAGGACGCUGGGAACCGAGCUUUACUCUCCAAUCUCCUUCAGAAAAGCUCUCGCAAUCUUCCGAGGGUUGUUACGGUAGAGGACAAGUUGAUGGACCUUGGAUGCAAGGAGAUUGGAAGAAAGAUUGUGGAGGCUGAGAUGGAUUUGACGUUAGCGAAGAGCCAGGGUUACUUGAGGCAUAAUAGCUCCUCUUCAGAUCGGAGGCUUCUAGCUGUCAUUGGAGCUUAUACUGGAUUUGGGAGUCGACUCAACCGUAAAAGGUUCCGAGCCUCCUGGAUGCCGAGAGGUGAUGACUUGAAAAAGCUUGAGGAGAGCGGUGUGGUUCUGCGUUUUGUAAUUGGUCGGAGUCCUAAUAGAGGUGAUAGCCUGGAUCGUAACAUUGACAAUGAAAAUCUUAAGACAAAAGAUUUCUUGAUUCUUGAUAGCCAUGAAGAAGCUGGUGAGGAGUUGCCCAAAAAGGUUAAAUUCUUUUUCAGCGCAGCUGUUGAAAGAUGGAAUGCAGAUUUCUAUGUUAAAGUUGAUGAUGAUAUAAACAUUGAUAUAAAUGGACUCAUUGAAAUCCUAAAAAGCCAUCAUGAUAGACAUGGUGCGUAUUUGGGAUGCAUGAAGUCUGGUGCUGUAGUAAAUGAGGAGGGAAAACCAUGGUAUGAACCUGACUGGUGGAAAUUUGGUGAUGACAAGUCAUACUUUCGACAUGCGGCUGGUUCUAUAAUCAUUUUAUCAAACAGCUUGGCACAUUAUGUCAACGUAAACAGCGCUUCAUUAAAAUCUUAUGCUCAUGAUGACAUCUCUGUGGGUUCAUGGAUUAUGGGUCUUGAUGCGAGCUAUGUUGAUGAUGACCGGCUUUGUUGCAGCAGCUCCAGACAAGAGAAAGUCUGCUCAAGGGCUUGAGCAAUAGGUUUGGAUUUGAAAGCUUUAGAUGCCCAAUGGUCUUGAGUCUUGUCAGAGACAAGAGCUACAGCUGCAGAGAAGAAAAGAUUUCAUGUUAGAGCAUUUGUGAACCAGGCAAGAUUUUAUAAAUUUAGUUUGAUACUUAAAUGUGUAGAAAUAUUGGCUUAGUAUUACAUGCGUUGAUUUUUCAAUGAAUCACAGUGCAGGAUAUGUUCUUUCAUGUUCUAUC